AUGGCGCCGGCAGUGACCGAAGCGGUGAGCGCUCCAGCGGAUGUCCAACGACCGAGCUCACGCAAGGCAUCCGACGCCGCCGCUGACUGGGCGCAGAAGCGCAAACAGGCGCUGCAGCGCGCGACAGAGCUCCGGGCGCAGCGGAAGGCGGCGGAGCGCGAGGCCUCCGCCGCGAUUCGCGCGCCCGUCAGGGGCCUCGAGAGCGACCCGUUGCCCAAGCCGACCGGGUCGGGUUCCGACGAAGCCGCCGCGUGGUGGGAGGCCAAGGAGGGCCCGGCGCCCGUCGUGGAGGAGGUGACGCUCAAACCACCCGCCGUGGUCGAGCCCGCGCGGGCCAAGGCGGCGGAUAAGCCCCGGCAACGGCGGCAGUGGGGCGAGACUGUCAACGUGGGCAGCAAUCAGAGCAAUCAGCCCAACAAGGAGCGGAGGGGCGCGCGCGGCGACAAGAAGGAGUCCUCCUCGCGCGGCAACGACUCGCCCCCCGCGGAGCCCGGGACCCCCACCGGCAGGCUCAUGCCCUGGGAGCAGGAGCUCCUCAUUAAGCGCGCGGAGGAGGAGGCUCACGCCCUCGGCAAGGUUCCCCCCGCGCCCGAGGUCAUCCUGGCUCGAGCCAGGGGCGAGGAGAUUCCAGACUCCGUCGCCGAGCCGUCCGCGUCGCCCGAUCCCGAGGUGUGGGGGCCGCCCCUCGCCGGUAAAACGAAGCCCUACCCGGCGAAGAAGCCGGCGGGUGGAGCCAAGGCGUCGAUGGGCUCCGCCGUCGCGGCGGCCGAGAGGGUCGCGGCGGAUGACGGGUCCAGAGCUCGCGCGAGGGUAGAGACGAAAUCAGCCAAGGAUUCGUCAAAGGGCAAAGCCAAGAAGGACCCCUACGCCGCGGCUGCCGUCCCGGGGUACAAGAAGCGCGCGGCGGAGGAGCGCGCCGCGAAGGAAAAGGCGGAGAAGGCUGCCGCGGAGGCUGCCGCGGCGGAUGCCGCGAUGAAGCGCGAAGCCGCGGCUGCGGAGAUGAGGAGAGCCAAGGCGACGGAGUCGGCUCCCGCCGAGCCGAUCAAGCUCCCGGUCGCCGAGGAGGUCCAGAGGCGUCUGGAAGAGGCCCAAUCGCCGUCUCCGGCGACGACGGAAGAGUUCCAUUCCGCGGAGGACUUCCACUCCGUCGAGGACUUCCCCGUGCACGUCGUUGAACAUUCCGGAAUGGAUGCCGGCUUUCCGAGCGCGAGGCCGCCGCCGACGCCCACGCCGGACCCCGCCGUGGCUCAGAUGCUCGCGGGGUUUGCCGAGCAGGCUGCCGUCAUCAGGGGCGACGCCGCGAUGGAAGACGCACCGGUCCCGCCGCCGUCUGCCCCGGCGGUGACCGAGCCGCCGUCUGCCCCGGCGGCUCCGGUUAUCAAGUCGGUGCGGACGAAGCUGUCGGAGCCCCCCAAGAAGCGGCCGCUGAGCGCCAAGCCCAAGGCGUCCAAGGGCCCGCCUCCGGAGAUGGUUCAGAAAAUUGUCGAGAAGCACGUUCAGGCGACCUCUCCCACGGCGGCGGCGUCGAAGACCAAGAAGGCCCAGGUCGCCGAGUCCCCCAAGGCUAGCAGGGGCGCGCAGAACGACAACCCCAACCCCGUCAAGGCUGAGCACGCGGAAACGCAGAAACCCGUCAUCGGAUACGACGAGUUCCUGCGCCUCCAGGAGCAGGCCGCCAGGGCCGAGACGGAGGCGGCGCCCAAGGCGCCCGCUCCUUUCGUCGCCGCCACUAAUGGUAAGGUCACCGGCGCCAUGAUCGACGCGCACGACGCGGCGGCGGCUGCCAAAAAGCAGGAGGCUAAGGUUGACAAGGCUCCCAAGAAGCCAGUCGCCGCGGGGGGUGUCCCCGGCCAGGCCGAGAACGUCGUGGUGACCAAGGACAACAAGGAGGAGGGCAAGACGGAGGGCAAGAACACGCGACAGAUGUUCGACAAGCGCGAGUCGCGGCGUAUGAACGCCAAACCCUUCUGUGCGGCGGUGCAGCGGUGGAGGAACAGGCGAGCCGCGGGUAAGUGCAAGCCCCGGUCGGGGACGACGACAAGCGCCAAGGCGUCCGCCGCCGCCGCCGCCGCCGCGAGCGACGGAUCCAUCCGGGUGUACGUCAGGAAGCGCCCGCUGUUCCAGCACGAGGUUGACCGCGGCGAGUUCGACGUCGUGACCGUCCCGGCGGCGGCGGAGAAGGACGCGUCGCCGACUGAGAUUUUCGUGCACAACUGCCAGAUGUACCCGGAUCUCAAGCGAAUGUACGUCAAGCACUCGGGCUUUGACGUGACCCGGGCGUUUGGCGAGGGAACCGAGUCCGUGGAGGUGUACCAGACCGCCGCGGCCCCCAUGGUCACCGGCGCCCUGAACGGUGGCAUAGGCGCGCUGUUCAUGUACGGCCAAACGGGCAGCGGUAAGACGUUCACCAUGGAAGCCAUCGAGCAAUCGGCGGUGAGGGAACUCUUCGCCGGGUGCGACGGCGCUCCGGGAGCGUCGGCGGUGCGCGUGGCGUACUUUGAGAUUGCCGGGAAGAAGUGCACCGACUUACUGUCACCGGCGCGGACCGAGAUUUCCAUCAAGGAGAUCGGCGGCGGGGUGUCCGGGGGUAAGGAGUUUAAAGAGCUCAAGCCCGAGGAGUACCGGCAACUGGACGUUCAGCUCAUCAGCGCAAUGGAGCCCGCGGCGAAGACGCGCGCCGAGCUCGAGCAGAUCAUCGCGGCGGGCAAGAGCCGCAGGGCGACGUCGGCGACGCACUGCAACGCCGCUUCGUCCCGGUCUCACGCGGUGCUGCGUCUGACGUGCGUCUUGGCCGACGGAUCCACCGGGCGGCUCACGCUCGUGGAUUGCGCCGGCUCUGAGCGCAAGGAGGAUAACAUGCAUCACUCCGCGGAGCAGCGGAGGGAGACUGCGGAGAUCAACGCGUCUCUGUACGCGCUCAAGGAGUGCGUGCGCCAGAGGCGGUUACAGGCGCAGAAGGGCAGCGGCGACGGGCACGUGCACGUGCCCUACCGCAGCAGCCACCUGACCAGGGUGCUCAUGGAGUGCUUCAUCCGACCCGACGCUCGGCUCGGAGUCAUCGGGACGGUGUCCCCGGCGUCCACGGACACGGAGCACUCGGUGUCGACCCUCAAAACCGUCGGGCUCAUCGGUGGACGCGAAGAGAACGAGGGCGUGCACGAGGAAAAGGAGGACGUGAGCAAGAACCUGGAGACGGCCGCGGACGGGACGGUCAGCGAGAAGGAGGUUGAGCGAGUCAUUGCGCCGGUGCGGUGGAGCAACGCCAACAUCAAGGCUUGGAUCGCGAAACCCGGGAACGAGAAGUUUGCCGCCAAGGUGACCGUCCCCGGAUCGCUCAUGGGGCGCGAUAUCGUGCGAAUGAACCCGCUGGCGCUGCAAAACCUCUGCGGGGGCGACGCGAAGCUGGCUCAGCUGCUGCACAACAAGCUGAGGGAGGAGAUCACCAGGUGCAGCAGCAAGGCGAGGACGUGAGUGAGUUGUUGAGGGUGGGGGGUUUUGGUUGGGGGGGGCGAGGGGGCCUUGUCGUCCCCUCAGAUUUUGGGAUUGCAACGUAGUAGAACUUAGUGCGACCGCGGGUGGAUGCGGGUCAAAUUCAACCUUGUCAUGAAACCUGAGGCUGUGCGCACCGAC